CAACUGCGCAUGCCUUAAAAAAGCACAUCUAUACUGCCUAUAGAAAAUCUAAACAUCAAGUUAAACUUCAGAGUGAUUGUAGUAAAAAAAAUUAAAAUUUUUGUGAUUAAAAAAUGUCAAAGUCCGACGAUAAGGAUCCGUCGGCGACAGCUUUUCGAAAUAUUAAUGUUGAUUUGUAUAGCGAUAACAAUUUUAAGGAAGAUGAUCCAGAUGGUGGUACGACGGGGCCAACUGGAUCGGAUGAAAAUGAAAUUCUCUUACUACUUAGUCAGGGCAAACAAGCUGAGGCUUUAAUUUCUGUUUUAAAAUCAGCACCAUUAGAUUGCAAAAAUCAUCAGGUUAAGGAAAAUGCACGAAAUUUGAUUCAAAAAGUACUUCUUAGUAUAAAAACUAAUCAAAUGGAUGAUUGCAUAGCCCAAUUGGAUCGUCACUUGAUGGAUGUUUUAAUGAAAUAUAUUUACAGAGGUUUUGAAAUACCAAAUGAAGGCAGUAGUGGACACUUGCUUGUGUGGCAUGAAAAACUCUACAAUGUCAGUGGAGUUGGAAGUAUUGUUAGAGUAUUUGCUGACAGUAAACGAGCUUGAACAAUAAAUGUUUAUUAUUGUCUAACUGAUCUUUCUUUAGUUACUAAUAUGUGUCAUUGGUAACAUAAAGGGUGUAGAUAGCUAAGUCAACAUUUUUUAAUAUGGAACUACAGUACAUUUUAUAAAGUUGUUAUAAAUAAAAUAACUUUU